ACUGAAACUGGGCACUGGGGGUGGUGUGGUCACCAGAGAUUUAAAGACUUUGCUUCCUGCAGCCGAGGCUGGGAACUUGGAAGCUGCAGACAGCAAGAGGACGCCCCGAGUCUCUCAGUCACCCGGCCUUCCCAUCAGGAAGCAGGCUAUGCACCUGUGCAGUGGGGCACCCCCCUCCAAGGAAGGGAAGCUUCUGCUGGUGACGGACCCCAGGGAGGUGGACAGACAGCUGAAGCGGAGACAGAAGAACCGAGUGGCGGCCCAGCGGAGCCGGCAGAAGCAUACGGAUAAGGCGGAUGAGCUGCACCAGGAACACGAGUGGCUGGAGAGGGACAACCUCGCCCUUCGGAAGGAGAUCUGGUCACUGCAGGCCGAGGCGAAGCAUUGGCUGCAGGCCCUGGAGGAGCACCAGCGCGUCUGCCUCCUGGCUGUGGUGCCUGCCUCUGCCCGGCCUCAUCCUGACUGCUGGAGCCAGACUGAGCCAGCCGCCCAGGCUCCCCCGGCCAGACAGCGAGCCCUUCUUACGGCCCAGACCUUUCCCGUGCCUCUGCAGGCCCCUGCCUCCCCUUCUGGUCAGCCACCUCCUCCAUCUUCUCCAAUGCAGGCCCCUGAUCCCCCUGGUCUGCUCUCAGUUCACCCCAUCUCCUCCCCUCUGACACCUUUCUUGGUCACCUCACCUCCAUCAGGGUCUCCCUCUGGAGCUGCCUUGACUCAGACCCGUGGGCCUUCCAGCCUCCUGGCCUCUUCCUCUGGUCUCAGCCCUCGUCUCCCAGCUCCCCCACGGCAGUCUGCCUGUCUGCUGCCCCUUGGGGCCGGAAACCUCAGAGAGGACAAGACAGAAGAUGAGUUGGGUGGUCCUUCAGUCACCCCCCACCGGAGGGGAGCAGGCAGGGCCGGGCCUGCAUCCUGUCCUCCGUCCAGUUUUGACUUGUCCUCUGUUCUCUUUCCCUAGCAUGUCACACUGAAGCUCUGACCUCCCUCCCUGGCCUCUGAGGCUGCGUCGCCCUGGCCCCAGCCCUCACUGGCCACCCUCCUUUCCCUGUUCUGGUUCCUUCAUCAGCAGAACCCUGACCCAGAGAAAGACAAAGCUGCCCGAGACUGAGGAAGGCCGGUGUCAUCAGCUUCUGGUCUGGGGCCUGGCCAGCCCACCCUGGGACGGAACACGAGAAGCCCAGCUCUUCUCCCACGUGGAUGUCCCCUCCUUGGCUCUGGGGCCAGAAUGCCUGCAGCCUCGGAGCUCCAGCAUACCCUGCUGCCUGUGGGCCUGGCAGCAUUUGGGGGCAAGCUGGGGAGGCUUACAAGGACGUUCGUCAGAUGUCUAUCCUACGGCUCCCCCCACUUCUGACUUCGAAGGCCUAGGAGAACCUGCUAGCGGCAGGAAGGGCGUCUGAUCGCUGCUGGGGGUCCGGCCAGCUCCCUGGAGGAAUGGGCCUGUUUCAGAAAGUCGGCUAAUGGACACUCCCAGCCCUGCCGGCCAUCAACUAAAGCAUCCUAGCUUUUCUUCCCCCUCACUGUGUCACCGAAGGAAAACCGUCCUCUUUUGGGCCUCAGUUUCUCCAAGUGUAAAAUGGAGGUCGGCCCAGAGGCCAUCUAUGGUCUGUCCUUUGCAGCUUCUCCAUCCUGCGAUUCUCUGAAUCUUCUCACUGCCCCUAACUUUGCUCUCUGACACCGGACCAGGAGGGAACACGGUGGAAAGAGAUGGAGUCAGGAGGCCGGGGACCUGGCUGGAUACAAAGGCAGGAGGCCCUUUGGGAGACACUGAGCUCUUUAGACCCCAGCCUAGCGUGCCUCCAUCCUGCUUUUCUGCUUUUUAGUUGAUCAACCAGCAUUUAUUAAGCGCCUACUGUGCGCCGGUAAGGUGCUAAGUGCCGGCAUGCAAAGAAAGGAGAAACGGCCCCUGCCCUCAGGGAGCUCCCAGUCUGAUGGGGCAGAUAACAAGAAGCAACUUGGUAUCAAGAUAUUUAGAGGUCAAGCUGGAUGAGUAUUGGAGCGAAGGCAUUAGAAGGAAGAGGGCUUGGGAAAGGAGCCGGGAGGUCAGUGGUGGGAGCAGAAGAGGGAGAGCAUUCCAGGCCUGGGGGCAGCCGGAGAGAAGCCCAGAGCGGAGAGCGGAGGGUCUUGUUUGGGGAAUGGCCAGAGGCCAGGUCGCUGGGCCCAAGAGUCCGAGUUGGGGAGUGAGGGGUAAGAAGACUAGACAGGUGAUGAAAGGCUUUGAAUGCCAAGCACAGGGUUUUGUGUUAGACUCCGGGAGCUGGUGCAGUUCACUGAAUGGGAGAGUAGAUGAUGGCACCAGAGCUUUAGGAAGCUUCAUUUGACGGCCAAGUGGAAGACGGAUCUCCUAGAGGCAGGAGGGCUUACUGCCCACCCAGUAAAAUUGACAGGCCUUGGCAGCUCACUGGGUCUGGGGGUGGGAGGGAGUGCUGAAUGGAGGAUGAGUCCCGGGUGGGAAGCCUGAGGGGUGCCCUGGACGGUCAUAGAGAAGUCCCUUAGAGUGCUGGAGGGGAGAGAGCCGGGGCUCUGUUUCGGACGUUGGCUGCAGACGUAGAUUUGGUCCCCAACGCACAGAGGUGAUAACUGGAUCUGUGGCAGCUGAUGGGAUCACCCAGAGAAAAGGUGCAGAGGGAGAAGAGGGCCGAAGGCUCAGGCCACCCGUCCCUGAGGGUGCUCCAGGGCUCUCCUGGGUGGUGGAAGCCCGAAGGGAAUGGCUGGCAGGGAGGGCUCUGCCUUCUGCCCUCUCCCCUUCCCUGCCAACAGGGAGUCCUGGAGCUCCUGCCUCCUCCUGGAGCCCACCUGGGCUGACCGAGGGAGGAGGAAGUGGGAGAGAAGAGAAGUGGGCUCUGCUCCCAGCCAGUGUGCAUGGAGAGGCUGGCCCUGCCCUGCCCCCUAAGGAGGCAAGCCUUGGAUCCGUUUCUCUCCAUCACAGCCCUGCCCGCGUCUGCCUCCUGAGACUGGAGACACCCCCUCACCCUGGCCCGGGCCAUUGAGGCUGCCAAGCUGGGCUGAGGCCAAGCCCUGAGAGGAGCAGAAGCGGACCCUGCAGCCAGGGCCUCAGGCAGGACUCUCUGUACCAGAGAGCCUCAGCAAACACCUGCUGCCUCGGUUUCCCUAGUGGUGUAGAUGAACACUAUCUGGUUACAGUCUGAGGUGUCCGGCUCCUCUGCUGGGAGCCUGGGGGGGGCGUACAAAAUAAAUGGGAGCUUCCUCA